UUUAGAAAGAGCAGCUAAACAUGGCGUCUUACGAUGGCUUCAGCUACCUGAUGCCAGGCCACAACGAGAAACACAGGCGGGCCCCGAACUGGACCGACAGCGAAAUGAAAGCCCUCCUGUACGUGUGGGAGGAGCACCACAACGAGCUGAAGACGAGCAAGAGGAACGCCAAGGUUUACGAGAAGAUGUCCCAGAGGUUUUUCCAGCUGACCGGAGAGCAGCGCUUCAAGGAGGAGAUCAAGAUGAAGAUCACCAACAUGUCUUUCCAGUUCAGGCGAAUGAAAGCGACAGCCGGCGAAUCUACCGAGGCGCCUGAUUGGCCUUAUUACAACGCCAUUGAGAAGAUCCUGUCCAAGCCGUUGGAGAAUGGCAGGGUGAACUCUCUGGAGUUUCAGGCUCCCGCUGCAGGUCCAUCCACUUCGUCCCAGUCCACAGACAACCCCUUGUCCCAGUCGGAGGAAGGCGUGAUGGGAUUCCUGCCGGAGUACACGGGCUCCUCGGAUGAGAUGGAGAUCAAACAGGAGCUGGACUCUCUGAGCUCCGACAGUGACCACACACUCGGCUCCAGCUCCCGCCCCAUCUCGUCCAGGAAGAGGCGUGCCAGAAAGUACCUGUCCCUGAAGAGGAGGAAGCUGCAGAUGAUGAGCGACUUGCUGAAGCAGCAGAGGAAGUCGACCCGGGCCAUGGAGGAGACGUGCAGGGAGGUCCGCCGAUCCUUGCACCAACAGAACCUCCUCCAGGUCCAGUGUCUGCAACUGCAGGAGAGGAUGAUGAACCUCCUGGAGAAGAUGAUUCAGCUUCCCGCCUCCACGUCAUCGAUUUGGAGUCAAAGCGGGGCCAAGGAACCUGCGAAACCUUGA